AUGGCUAUGGAAUUUUUAUUUAAUCGGCUGAAAGCACUUUUUGUAUUUUUAUUAAGUAUUUUUAAACGUGCCUUAUGUUGUCUCAGACGGAGAAGAAGAUCUUCGUGCGAUUCUAUUCCGCUGUCAGCUGUUGGUGUUAUACCUAAUUCUGUUAAUAACAAAGUGGAACAAGAAAAUUGGGAGCAAUGGGAUGAAAAUCCUGUGGUUGUUGUGUCAAAUAAACCAUGUAAUACCGUUCAGAGUAAAAUAGAACAGUACCGUCAACAAAUUGCUAAAGUUCCUGAAGCUGGGGAAGAAACUCAAGUUGAUUUCUUUCAG